AGCAGGUGAAGCCUUCGUUUACGGCCGGGUCUCGCGAUGUUAGGCUCUUCUCGCGCUAUUUAAGUCAUGUGGUAGUUCGCUGAAACGUGUAGCAGCAGUCCUUUACUCUUGGUGACUGAGCAGAGCAGACGCACACUGCGUGCUGCUGAAGAGAUUCACUAACUAUGGUGCUGUUGCACGUGUUGUUUGAGCAUGCCUCGGGCUAUGCGCUGUUUGCAGUCAAAGAGGUGGAGGAGAUCGGCAUGCUGCUGCCUCAGGUUGAGGCCAGCGUGCUGAGCAUUGCAAAGUUUAACAGCAUGGUGAGCCUGGCUGCCUUCUUCCCCUUCAAGUCGGCUCAGGGUGCUCUGGAGAACAUGAAUGCAAUUUCUGAAGGUGUGGUUCACGCUGACCUGAAAUUGUUCCUGGAGACAAACCUGCCCCUCUCUGGGAAGAAGAAAGCUGUGUUGGGAGUUUCCGAUUCCAAGAUCGGAGCAGCUUUACAAGAAGAAUUUACUGUGUCCAUCCAGACUGGGGGGGUGGUAGCAGAGAUUGGCAGAGGUAUUCGUCUGCACUUCCACUCACUGGUGAAGGGUCUCACUGGCCUGGCUGCCUCCAAGGCACAGCUGGGUCUCGGCCACAGCUACUCCAGAGCUAAAGUGAAGUUCAAUGUCAACAGAGUGGACAACAUGAUCAUCCAGUCCAUUGCUCUGUUGGACCAGCUGGACAAAGACAUCAAUACCUUCUCCAUGCGCGUCCGUGAGUGGUAUGGCUACCACUUCCCAGAGCUGAUCAAGAUCGUGUCAGACAACUCUAUGUACUGCCGCAUGGCUCAACUCAUUGGAAACAGGAAAGAGCUUUCAGAGGAGAAUCUAGAGAGUAUGGAGGCAGUGGUGAUGGACGCCGCUAAGGCUCAGGCCGUUCUGGAUGCAUCCCGUUCCUCCAUGGGUAUGGACAUCUCUCCCAUUGAUCUGAUCAACAUUGAGAGAUUCUCCCAUCGUGUGGUUUCUUUGGCUGAAUAUCGCCUGGGACUGCAGGAGUACCUGCGCUCCAAGAUGUCCCAAGUGGCUCCAAAUCUGGCAGCUUUAAUCGGAGAAGUGGUGGGAGCUCGUCUGAUCUCCCAUGCCGGCAGUCUAACAAACCUCGCCAAAUACCCGGCCUCCACCGUCCAGAUCCUGGGAGCAGAAAAGGCCCUGUUCAGAGCGUUAAAGACUAAAGGAAACACCCCCAAGUACGGGCUGAUCUUCCACUCCACCUUCAUCGGGCGGGCUGCAGCCAAGAACAAAGGCCGCAUCUCCAGAUAUCUGGCCAACAAGUGCACCAUCGCCUCGCGCAUUGACUGUUUCUCUGAGGUACCCACAAGUGUGUAUGGUGACAAGUUGCGCGGACAGGUGGAAGAGCGCUUGUCUUUCUAUGAGACGGGCGAUGUGCCGCGCAAGAAUCUGGAUGUCAUGAAAGAAGCUGUGAAAGAGGCAUCUGAUGUUGCAACUGAGAUCAAGAGGAAACUGGAGAAGAAGGAAAAGAAACGCAAGAAGCGUGAAAAGAAGUUGCAAGAAGAAGCUGGCGAAACCAACGGUGACGCUGAGGCCGAAAAUGGAGAAGGGGACACAAAGAAGCAAGCGGCCGAGGAGAUGGAGGUUGAGGCAGCUGAGGCCCCUGCUGCACAGAACGGAGCCGGGGAAACCCCAGGGAAGAAGAAAAAGAAGAGAAAAUCUGAGGCCGCCGAGGUGGAGGUCGCUGUUGUCGCAGAGGAAACGGAGACGCCUGCUAAGAAGAAAAAGAAGCGGAAGUCUGAGGCAAUUGAGGCCGAGCCUGCAGAGGAGACUGUAACACCAGUGUCUGAGAAGAAGAAAAAGAAGAAAGGAAAAGAGACCACAGACUAGAGGAUGUGGUCAAAGACUAAAUCUUUAUUUUUGUGUACAGUUUAUUUUUUAUUCAUUUUAUGCUUGAUUCUACACUAGUAAGCCGCUUUAUGUUCCUUCUCUUUUGGAAACCUCAAAGCAAGUUAGACUGCAAAGAAAUGUUUAUUACUGUGCCUUGAAGUCGGUUACAUUUUAUUUGUACUUUUGUAAAUAGUGAUCAUUAAACUUGUCAAAGGAAA